AUGGAAGUAUCACUGCUCGGAAGCGUCCACGGAAAUGACACAAUUCGCGACUCUUUCCAAGUGGUCAUAACUCAACAUACCUAUUUCCUAAUCGUGUACAUUUUUUAUGGCAUUCCUAGUUUGGCUGUAACAGUGAAAAUUGUUUGCGGUAUAUUAGAUCCUAGAAACAAGGAAUUCUUCAGAACACCGUUCUUCGUCUUAUUCACACAUGACUGCAUUACGAAUGUCAUGUUCUUCCUUUUGGAUGUCCUUGCUGUACGAAUUCCUCUCUCGGGACUUAUCACCGGCUGGAUGACCACAUUACCUGUGGGUCCCUACAUUACCGUGAUCUACGUGGUGUCGUUUCAUUCACUCUAUAUGACAUUUUAUUCCGCAGUUUUCUUAUCUCUAGGAAGAGCUAUAGUGAUAUGCCUACCAACAAAAGGCAACCAGAUGCUCAAGGAGCUCCUGCCUAUUUUUGUCCUUACUAUUUACUUGCUGCCGAUAUCGACAACCUGGUUUCUGUAUCCUGUAGUCGCUUAUAUGAGAGUUGGAGGACUUCCUGGAUACGGACUAGCUUUUGACUAUAAAAAAGUCUUCCCACAG